AUGUCGUCUCCGAAUCCUCCCUCUGUCGACACAAAAGCCGACCACCAAGCAGCCAUACUAGCCAAGAAGACAAAUCCAAGCACUGGUCAGCGAAUUGAUAUCGACCCAGCUAUCAUCGCCGGACACACCUUCAUCCAAGCCACCGCCCUCGGUGGUUCCCUCUGGUGUCAAACCGCCAAGAUCGAAACAACCUUCUCUCCUUCCAUCUCCCCCGAACGCAACAACGACGACAAUGACCCCACUAAACUUCAACCUCAAACAUCAGCAAAUUCCGUCCCAGCUACCGCUUACUUCUUCCUCAAAACCGCCCGCGGCCCCAUCGCCAAGAAGAUGUUCACCGGCGAAUUCGCUGGCAUGACGGCGCUGCGCGAGGCCCUUCCGGAAUUUGCUCCCAAGCCUAUCGCUUUUGCCCAGCUGCACAAAUCCACAACCGGCACCAGUCCCACCGGCAAAUUUGCUUUUGGGGUAACCACCUGCAACGGCAACAUCGAGCAGCUUGUCGACUGGGAAGAAAGAUGGGAUGUCUUUUUUGCUAAAGGGUUGCGGUGGAUGGUUGAUUUACACUCCAAAAUUACUGGCGUCAGCACCAACGAAAAUGACGAUUUGAAAACGGCUGUUGAAAAGCUGUGCAAAGUAGUCAUCCCCCACCUUUUAUCCCCGGACAGACUAAAAGACAGUAUCUUCACAGGCCAGCAGAAAAUAAAGCCGUGUCUGGUGCAUGGGGAUUUAUGGAUCGGAAACACGGGGACCAUGUGCAAUACUGCUGACACGGGGGGAGAACCGGUGAUCUUUGAUCCAGCGGCGUUUUAUGCGCACAACGAGUAUGAACUGGGGAAUUGGGUGCCGGAGCGGUGUGGGUUUGGUGGGGGGUUAAGGGGAGGGGAGUUUGUGAGGGAGUAUGAGAGGUUGUAUCCGCCCCAGUGCCGCGGAACCGAGGGGGGAGUUUGA